AUGUUAUCUAUCUAUCUAUCUAUCUAUCUAUCUAUCUAUCUUACUUUUACUCUUUUUUCUUCCAUAUACUCGAUUUUAUAUCCAAUAUUUUGCUUUCAUUUUUUCUUGCUUUCUUCCUUUCGAAUCACAUUUUCCUUAUUUCUUCCUAUUUCCGUUUUUCUUUCUUUUCGCACUACCUCCUUUCUUUUUUUUUUUUCUUUUUUCUUUCGUCCGUUCUUUCUUUCUGUUUCGUAUAAUAUUCCAUUCUUUCUUUCUUUCUUUCUUUCUUUCUUUCUUUCUUUCUUUCUUUCUUUCUUUUCAAACUCUAUCUCUUUUUGUGCAGUUUUCUUUUCAUCCUUUCUUUCUUACCGGGCUAUAUUUCCCCCUUCUUUCUUUCUUUCUUUCUUUCUUUUCAGGCUAUAUUUCUUUCUCUUUUUUCUUGUGCUGUCUCUUUCUUUCUUUUGGGAUUUUUUAUUUUGGGGAUUUCUUUCUUCUUGGGCUAUAUUUCUUUCUUUCCUUUUCUUUAUUCUUUCUUCCUUUCUUUCUUUCUUUCUUCUCGUGCUAUAUUUCUUUCUUUUUCUCGGGGUAUAUUUCUUAAUUUCUUUCUUUUUUUCUUUCUUUACUAACACCGUUCGUUUGUUCGUUCGUUCUUUCUAUUUUGUUUACCCUUCCUCUUUUUCCAUCUUUUUAAUUCCCAUUUUUGUUCAUUUUGUUUUUGAUAUGAACUAUCGAUAUCUUUCUCUUUUUCCUUUCUUUCUUUCAAGUAGUAUUACUCUUUUUAAAUUUGAGAUAGCUUUUCAUUCAUUUCAGCUUCCUUGUUUUGGCCUUACUGUUUCAUUUCUGACCUCGUGUUCCUCUUGUUCUUUCUUUCUGUCUUUCUUUAAGUGCUUUGUUUUUUCUUUCUUUCUUUUCUUUGUGCUAUUAUCUUUCUUUUUUCUUUCUUUCUUUAGGCGCCAUCUUUCUUUCGUUUUCCUUUCUUCUUUAGCUGCUCUCUUCCUUUCUUUUUCUUUUGAUGCUCUCUUUCUUCUUCCUCUCGUUCUUUCUUUUCCUUUCUUUAUUUGGUUUCUAUAUUUCUUUCUUUCUUUUUCUUUAGUUUUUUUUGUUUUGUUUGUUUGUUUGCUUGUUUGUUUCUUUCUUUCGUGCAAUAUUUCUUUCUUUCUAUCUUUCGUGCUAUAUUUCUUUCCUUUCGUGCCAUCUUUCUUUCUUUUUUCUUUCUUUCUUUCGUGCUAUAUUUCUUUCCUUUCGUGCCAUUUUUCUUUCUUUCUUUCGUGCUAUAUUUCUUUCCUUUCGUGCCAUCUUUCUUUCUUUCUUUCGUGCUAUAUUUCUUUCCUUUCGUGCCAUUUUUCUUUCUUUCUUUCUUUCUUUCUUUCUUUCUUUCGUGCUAUAUUUCUUUCCUUUCGUGCCAUCAUUCUUUCUUUAUUUCUUUCCUUUCGUGCCAUCAUUCUUUCUUUCUUUCUUUCUUUCUUUCGUUCUUUCCUUUCGUGCCAUCUUUCUUUCUUUCUUUCCUUUCGUGCCAUCAUUCUUUCUUUCUUUCUUUCUUUCUUUCUUUCUUUCUUUCUUUCUUUCGUUCUUUCCUUUCGUGCCAUCUUUCUUUCUUUCUUUCUUUCCUUUCGUGCCAUCAUUCUUUCUUUCUUUCUUUCUUUCUUUCUUUCUUUUUCUUUCUUUCCUUUCUUUUCUUUCUUUCUUUCUUUUCUUUCUUUCUUUCUUUCUUUCUUUCUUUCUUUCCUUUUUGCCAUCAUUCUUUUUUCUUUCUUUCUUUCUUUCUUUCUUUCUUUCUUUCUUUCGUGCUAUAAUUCUUUCCUUUCGUGCCAUCUUUCUUUCUUUCUUUCUUUCUUUUAUGCUAUAUUUCUUUCCUUUCCUGCCAUCUUUCUUUCUUUAUUUUGUGCUAUAAUUCUUCCCUUUCGUGCCAUCUUUCUUUCUUUCUUUCUUUCUUUCUUUCUUUCUUUCUUUCUGUUUUUUUCACUUUCUUUCCCUCUAUACCUUUUUCCUCUGUUCUCUCUUUUUCACCAAAGCAAAUAA